AUGCAUCCACCACCGAGCUCCAUGGCUCACAACUCGACCACUCUUUACCAAACUAUCACCAACACCCUUGGCAGAACCAACACCCGCUCCAACUCUUCCUCUUCUACCGCAUCUAACAUGAGCCAGUCUUCUCAGCGCUCUCCGCCUCCCAGCACCCACAAGCGAACAUCGUCGCAGUCCAAGGCCUCUAGUGCCCUUAACACCACUUCUGCCCUGCCUCGCAAUCUCGUCUUUGACUAUGUCCGACCGGAAGAGGUGCGCGCUGCACACGCUCUCGAGGUCGAGGGUUUUCCGCCUGAGGAUGCGGCGAGCUACGAGAGGCUGCUUUCGCGCCAGACACAGGCUCCGCAUCUUUUUUUGGGUGCCUUUGUCCCGCUGCCUCCUCCAAAGGUUGCUGGUCCGCUCUCGGUCACGAGCCAGCCAAGAAGGAGAAUUGUGGGUUACGUAUGCGCUACUGCUGCUCCAGCACUCACCCUGCGGUCCAUGUCGACCCACGACACAUCAGAGGACGCACACAUGGUCUGCAUUCACUCUGUCCUCGUAGCUCCCGAGCUGCAGAAGAAGGGUCUGGCCACAAGAAUGCUCGAGAACUACAUUGCUCGCAUUCGCAAGGCCGAAGAAGGCAAGGGUCCUGAAGGUGUCAAGGGCAAACGAGGAUACGAGACAUUGGCAUUGUUGGCACAUGAAGAGCUUACCGGUCUCUACAGGAAGGUCGGCUUCCGCACUCAGUGCGUCAGUCACAUCCAGUAUGGCAGUGGCCAAUGGCUCGAGAUGAGGCGCAGUGUCUACCCUUCGCCCAGCAGCGGGCCAGGUAGUCGCAUUGGAUCUGCACUCACACGCACUACCUCGGCAACUUCGUCUGGUAGCGACGACGCAACCGCCGGUCUCAGAAUGACUUCUGGCAGCACACCUGCCACUGACGCCGCACUACAGCAGCUUACAGCACAGGAAAGCACCACUCCCACCGUCCAGACACCAGCAGCAAGCGGAGAGAGCAAGACUCCCACCGCGUCAGAAUCCAAGGCAGUCACAACCCCCAAGGGACCCUCGCCACCAGGUAUGCCAUCGCAAGCAUCCAUCAUGGCUGCUCUCGCAGCCCAGUCCAAGCCAGGCAAGAAUCCCGGUCAAACAUACACUUCCAUCCUUGGCCAAGCUGUCGCAGCCAAGACACCCGCCGAAGAUGCUGGCAUGGCUCUCGAAGCGCGUCUGGUGGAUCGCAAGACCGGAACCAACCUCGCCAAACUCUACUGUCCACAGGAGAACUGUCGUUGCUGCAUCCUCGCAAAGAACGCCGGCGAGUGGACGCGCAAGGAGAGUGGACCGCUGUCGAACCCUGCUUUAGAGCUGCCCAACUCUCCGGCGCCGCCUCAAGGACCAGCGUUCCCGCUGCAUGCUGCUAGUCCAGCGAUCAACAACAGACUCCUAACGACAGUGAAGGGCUUUUGGAUGGUCGCUGGGCCACUGCAGUUUGACAAUGUUGGCUUCUCAAGGGAUAUGAAGUGGAUCGUUCCUCUUCCUAAUGAUUCUAAGUCACCCACAUCGGAGAACGCUCCCAGCGGUUCGGGAGGCAAUUCGAUAAGCAACAGUGUCGAGCUCAACAGUCAGCAAAAGACCAAAGCGCAAGAGAAGGAGGCCAAAGACCGCCUCAAGAAGGAAGAAAAGGAACGUCAACGAGAAGAGAAAGUGCGAAAGAAGAAGGAGAAGCGAGACCGUAAGCGUGGUGGUGCUGGUAGCGGAUCAGAUUCGUCUGAUGAAGACGUCAAUUCUUUGCUCUCGCAUUUAAGUCUUGGUCUGACGCCGGGAGAGGAGUUGACUGUCAAGUACCUUUUGUGCCCGGAUUGCGAGUGCGGACCGUUGGGCUUCACGAUUCUGCCCAAGGAGAUGCAGGGUGGUAGAUUGGCAGCGGAAGUGGGAGAUCAGGUGGAGAGAAUGAAGGGCGGCACACAGGGAACGAAGGGUGCUGCGCCCAAGAGGCCGCCUCAGAUGUUCUACUUGGCUGCUGACAGAGUCAGAUACCUUUUCGAGCGAUCGUGA